GGGGGGGGGGGGCACUAUCUACACAGGAUCGUAUCUGACUGACCAGGAUCAGGGUCGAUGAAAAGUCUAAUCGCACUUAUCGGCCUGCGACCAGGAUCUCUGGUACGUACUAGACCCGUAGUUGUCCUGCGAGCGCAUCCCCGAGCGAGCACUUCAAACCCAACGAUGCCGGGCAAGAAUGUUUCCUCUGCGCUUGAAGGACCCAAAGUCCAUGACUUCUAGUACUGGUAGCAGUGCCGGUACAUUUCGAUCGACAAGGACUGUACCGUGUUUGAGAUGCCGAUCUCUCCAUCUCAACUGUCAAUGGGGCGAAUCGCAGGAAGGGCGAGUGACCUGUAUACGGUGUACGGAAGAUGAUCAACAAUGUUCUGGACCCCAAAAGAGACCACGGUCACGUAAAGGGCCAUGUGACUCGUGCAAACGAAAGCGAACACGAUGUAUCUGGACCGAAGGAGAUGAGCUCUGCGCGAGAUGUCGUGACAGGGGUCUUGGGGUGUGUCCUAUCCCACCAAGGUCGUCAAAGUACAGCGCGACACCGGCUACUUCUGCACCUGAUCUGAGUCGGCGGUCCAGUGAUGAUCUCAAGAUACCGCAGAGCGAGACUUGGAGUAUGGUCAUGACGGACAGUAUGAGACGAAACUUGAUGGAUCAGGGUCGGUUGAUUCGACGACUCAAACGGACAAGUUCAUUUCGAUGAUCCUCGCCAUCUCCGGGUUGAAGUUUACGAAUGUUUGCUCGAGCCACAGCUUAGAUUCAGAGGGUGGCAUCCAG